AAUAAAAUGCAAACAAAACAAAAUUUGAAAUUUUGACCAGAAGGCGGCCUGCAAUUUUUGACUUCAAAGGCAAAAAGUAGGGACAUGGAAAAUCACCACCACAAAACAGUGUCCACGGUCCACCGUUCGGACAAGUCUUUGUUUACCUUUCUGCAUAUAUCUCCACCAAAUCAAUUAUCGAUCAAAAUAUACAUACACACAGAAUUUAGAAAAAAGAAAGAAAGAAAAAAAAAAACUGUUAGAGAUCGAUAAUGGCGGAUGCAAUAGUUUCCGUUGUGGUGGAGCGGAUUGCAGCUACCUUAAAAGAGCAGAUGCGAAACGGAGUAAAUUUGGUUAGCGGCGUUGAGAGUGAGAUUCUGAAACUUUCCGACGAUCUGAACACACUCAGACACGUGUUGCAUGAUGCGGAGAAGAAGGGUUACAAGGACAUAAUCGUCAAAAAAUGGCUGACGAGGCUCGAAGAAACCGCCUACGAAAUGGACGACGUGUUGGACGUAUGGAAUAUAGCCAUUCUCGAACAUUCGAAGCACAAGGUACACUCCUACAUCGUUUCAUCGUAUUUAUAUUUUAUGAAAGUUGUCGUACGUCGUGAGAUUGCCUCGAAAAUCGAACAAGUGAAAGCGCGGUUCGACAUAAUUCUGGAGGAGAAGGAUCGGUAUGGUUUUGCGGUCGCAUCGCAACCGUCCGAUCCUUCUCAUAGUGAAGUUCAGUCUACUUCUUUGAUAGAGUUGGACGAAGUUUGUGGCCGAGAUUUAGAGAGAGAAAAUCUGGUGAGGAAACUUGUAGGUGAAGAAUUAGGCCUCCAAGUUGUCUCUAUAGUGGGUGUGGGGGGACUUGGUAAGACGACUCUUGCUAAACUAGCUUACAACGAUAGUCGAGUAAAGAAUUGUUUCGAAUUGAGGAUUUGGAUUUGUGUUUCGAAUUCUUUUGAUGAGGUUGGGAUUGCGAGUGCAAUUAUCGAGGGAGCAAGGGGGAGAAAAGCAUAUCCCAACCAAUUGGAAUUGGUACUAGACCGUCUGAAAGAGGUCGUUUCACGGAGAAAGUUUCUUAUUAUCCUGGAUGAUGUUUGGACGAAAGACGGUACGAUGUGGGAGCCCGUGAAAAUUUGUCUUAGAAUUGGUGGAGCGGGGAGCAAAGUUUUGGUGACAACUAGAAACGAAGGCGUUGCAUCUAUCAUGGGAGGGUUUGAGAAUGAGAUUCGCCGUUUGGGACAUCUUUCCCACGAGGAGUGUUGGUUAUUAUUACGUCGGAUUGCCCUUUGUGGAAAUGACGAGAAGGAACGUGAAAAAUUCGAGAAGAUAGGUAAGGAGAUAGCCAAUAAGUGCAAGGGGUUGCCGCUUGCGGUAAAGAUUUUGGGGGGUCUUUUGCGUUUCAAGAAUACAGUGGAAGAGUGGGAGAGCGUAUUGAAUAGUGAAAUAUGGGAGUUGGAGGAAGCAGAAGUCGAGCUUUUCCCUUAUUUGCUUCUGAGCUACAACGAAUUGUCUCCGGCACUUAAGCGUUGCUUCUCGUAUUGUGGUGUCUUUCCUAAAGAUACCAGAAUUGAUGUGGAGAAACUAAUAACAGAAUGGAUGGCACUGGGUUACCUAGGAUCGAAGGCCGGUGACUGGGAAGUUAGAGGGAGAGAGUACUUUGAUAUUUUAGCAGCGCGUUGUCUGUUUCAAAACUUCGAUAAGGGCUAUUCGUUUCAAGACUUAGAUAAAGAUUAUUCAUGCGAGCACAUAAAAUCAUUCAAGAUGCACGAUAUGUUACAUGAUUUUGCUCGAUUCCUCAGGAAGAAUGUUGGAUCAAGAAUAAAGAGAACAACUUGCCGUGAAUGUGGCCCCGUGUUAGUUUCCCAAGUGAGAGUAUAUCAUAGCUUAUUCCACCGCAAACAUCCUCUUCUUGAUGCGGACCCACAUUUUUGCGAUGGAUUUACAAGCCUGAGGUUGCUAAGCCUAAGGGAUUGUUGCUUGAGAGGUAUUCCGAAACAAGUAGAAAAGUUGAUUCACUUGAGGUCGUUGGACUUGGGUUGUAAUAAGUUUCUCGACGAACGUGAUCUCAAGGGCAUUUGUAAGCUUUACAACUUGCGGUUUCUUUGGUUGGACGGGUGCCGGUUAAAAGAGAUUCCCUCGGAAAUUAGGGAUUUGAUUCAUAUGAUACACCUUGACUUGAGCAAUAACGAAUUUGUAGAGUUGCCCGAUAGCCUAUGCGAUAUGCUUGAAUUAGAAAGCUUGAACGUUUAUAAUUGCAUAAGUCUUGUUCGACUUCCUCAAGGGAUGCAUAGACUCGUAAACCUGAGACACCUGUGCAAUUUUGGCACCGAUCGUCUGGAGCAAUAUCCUCAAGGAGUAGCCGAGUUAACCCGUCUUGUUACGUUGAAACAAUUUCAUGUUCAAGAUGGGAGUAAGUUGGGGUGGUUGAAGAAGUUAAACCGACUUGGGGGGCAAGUGGAAUUGAGGAUCGUAGCAAGUAUUGGUGAUUCGAAAGAAGCGAUGGCGGCGGUGGAGGAUGCUCGUGAAGCGGAGUUGGGGAAAAAGACGCGCAUUCAAGACUUGGGAAUAAACUUUUGCGGAUCGAGAAUAGAUGGUGAAGAAGUUAAUGAAUCGGUGUGGGUGGAUAUAUUAGAUGCUCUCGAGCCACAUCCAAACACGCAAAAACUUAGUAUGUGUUACUACGACGGCUCGCUACUACCGAGAUGGAUUGUGUCGCCACUCAACCAAGUCAUGUCUAUAAGGCUCUCCAGGUGUCCGUCCCUUUUGUGGCUCCCGCCGCUUGGUAAACUGCCGCUACUAGAGAAUCUUGAGAUUAGUAAAUUUUUUAAAUUGGAAUUUGUUGGGCGGGAAUUCUUGGGAAUAACAACAACAACAACAACAACAAGAUCAGGGUUUUUUCCCAAGCUGAAGAAACUGAUGAUUUGGCAAUGUCCGAAAUGGAAGGAGUGGGAGGAUAUUACCGUGGAAGAAGACGAAGAUUUUGGUGACGUGCCGAUAAUGCCUUGCCUGAGAAAGUUGGAGAUAUUGGGCUGCAGUGGCUUGGCCGAGCUGCCGGUACGCCUCCUAAAGAAGGCGGCGUCUUUGAAGGUGAUGAAUAUCUGGGGUUCGAUGCAGCUACUACAACUUUACGGGGACGAAAACGGUCAACCCUGGAAAUCCAUAUCCAGCCACAAUCCACACCUUCACCUCCUAAAAGAUGGCACUCAUUAUCUUCCUGAUUAAGGUAGAGAAAAAAUAGAUGCUCUGUAUUAUAGUUAGAUUGCUGUUACAAUCUUCAAUUUUUUAUUUAUUUUUAAUUGAUUUUCCUUUUGUUAGUUGGUUCCGGGAUUGGAUUUUUUUGUGGGAAUAUUGUUGUAUUUGGUUUAAUUUAUACAUUCUGUUUAAAUAUUUGAUGUUUUUAGGUUUAUUUGAGAUCUUUC